UCGCCGACGUCGCGGGGGUUCGCUUCUUUUGGUACGAGAAGCGCGCGCUAACCGCGAGAAAAUCGCAGUCAUGAAUGAAACUUACGAAAAGCAAGUCGCACCAACUUGCCUCCUCGCAACCACCGCUCGAUCUUUCGUCAAUAAUUUCGCUAAGUUCUUCUACGCUAUCGAUCCGAGUGACACCACCUACGAAUUUUAUCACCGGGUCCCGGAUUACCAACAGCAGGUCUGGCUGUCUUUCUUCGUCCUCAUUAUCCUGGAAAAUGUGAUACUGUACGCUAAAAAAGAAAACUCCUUUCGUCUCAACGAUCACGUCACGUCUCUUUCCCACUGGAUAUUUCAAGAAUCUGGACGCGUCCUCUUCCGUGGUGCCGAGUACUGCGCUUAUAUUUAUCUCUACGAGAACUAUCGGGUAUGGAGCCUGCCUUGGGACUCUGUGUGGACUUGGUACGUCACUGCAAUCGGGGUGGAUUUUUGCUACUACUGGGUCCACCGAGCGAAUCACGAGUUGCACUUCCUGUGGGCUCAUCACCAGGUCCAUCACAGCAGCGAGGAGUUUAAUUUGGUGGUUGGGCUCCGGCAGUCCGUGCUGCAGCAUUGGUGCAGCUUCGUAUUUUACCUACCGCUGGCACUGUUCAUUCCGCCUUCCCAUUACGUCGCUCAUCACCAAUUCAAUUUGAUCUAUCAACUGUGGAUCCACACGACGCUCAUCGACGACCUCGGGCCCCUUGAAUUCUUCUUCAACACGCCGAAGCACCAUCGCGUUCACCAUGGAUGCAAUUUGUAUUGCUUGGACAAAAAUUACGGCGGCGUGCUCAUCAUAUGGGACAGAAUUUUCGGCACUUUCAUGGCCCCACGGGACCAGAAAGAUAUUAUUUAUGGACUUGUCGUCAGCCCGAGAACUUUCAAUCCACUGUACUUGCAAAUAUUUUACGCGAAAGCGAUGAUCGAAAAGAGCUUGAGCCAAAAAACCGUGGAGGACAAACUGGCCGUGCUUUGGAAGGGUCCGAGUUGGUUUCCCGGAGCGCCUCGUCUCGGUCUCGACGAAUUCAAGAUCAACGUCACUUCCCGCAUCAAAUACGACAGGUAUUUGCCAUCGUGGCAAAGUUUCUACGUAACUUUGCACUUCUGCAUCGUCUUUUACGUGCAUCUACAAUUUUACGAGGAGAGGCGGGAAAUCAACUUGCUGACCAGCCUCUCGAUAGUGCUGAACAACUUGUUCAGCCUCACCGCAAUUGGUCUCAUAUUCGACGAGUACGAGCACGCCGAUAUCGUCGAGUUUAUACGAUGCACAAUCAACCUUUUGCUGUUCGAGAGCUAUCGAAGCGUGAGAACCUCGAACGACAUUAUUUACUACGUUUAUCUGGCAUCGUGGUACCUCUGGAUCGCCCAUUUCUUUCGAAGGAUUAAACGCGAUUAGGUCGCUCUUAAGUUUUAAGCAAUUCGUCGAUCCACCGUUAGAACAACCUCGCAGAUCCUCGUCCAGAUUUCGAACUGGAAAAACGCAGUCGCAAUUCGAUGGACCUGUUGCCAAAUCGAGAACUGCGUUUCGAUUCACCUUCCCGUGUUCGAUAAAUUUAACCCGUUUGGCGUAAGACGCGAAGAUAUUCGAGACGAGGAAUCGUAAAAGUAGGAAAAACCACAUAACCACAUUGGUGCGAGUUACCGUGCACGCAGUUUUAUUUAUAAGUCGAGACUGUCUAUAUGUAAAUACCGAGUGUGAGUGUUCCGAGUGUGUGUGUUCGAUUCGAGGCUUGGGAAGCAUCUUCGAAGAGCCUCGAUCAAAUAUAAGAGUGAUUAUUUAUUGAUAAAUCGAUAGCGAAGUAGAAUGAUCGUUUGCGAUGCGGAAUAAUAAUAGUGAGUGAUUUUUUACUGUGAAUAAAAGAAAGUGCAUUUGAGAGAUGUUUGUGGAUCGACCUAUAACCGUCGAUUACGAGCGACGAGGUCGACCGAGAUAAGAGCAAGUCGAGAAAAAUAAUGAAAAAUAAAGAACUGUAAAUGUU